UACACCCAUAACAAGGUCAUAAAAUGGAUCAACAGUUAAUACCAGAAAUUCUACCGAUUACAGAUGCUACAAGGGACAGGAUCUUGCAGUUGGCCAAUAAUAUUUCGAACCACCGCAUGGAAAAUGUUGAAUAUGAAUUUGAGUCUAUAAUAUCUGUUUUGACCCAGCUGUCAUAUCAUGUUGAUGUUUCAUCUGUUUUGGACAAAGUGAAAGAUGCCUUUGACGCUAUAAUAACGAGUACUAAUGGCAGUGAAGACAGUGCUGUUACUUAUGGUACACCUGAUUUGGUGUAUACGUCUAAUAAAGAUGGCGAUUCAUUUUCCAUGGAGGAAUAGAUGGCUAUUCUCGCCUUCCAGUCUACUUGAAAGUAGCCUCUGACAACACUGCUGCCACUGCGUUUGAUUCCUUUUCCUCUGGAAUUCAACAGUAUGGCAUUUCAGAACGUGUGAGAACAGAUAAAGGUUUAGAAAACUUAAGGAUAGCUGAAUUCAUGCUACAGACUCGAGGAAUCGACUCCAAAAGUCACAUCACUGGCAGAAGUGUUCACAAUCAGAGAAUAGAGAGAUUUUGGAGAGAGCUUUGGCAGGGAUGUACUAACACCUACUACAACCUGUUCUGGAGAAUGGAGAUGGAUGGUAUUCUGAACGUCGGCAAUGAGAACCACCUGCUUGCCCUCCAUCUAGUAUAUCUAAAGAGAAUUCAAACUUCCGUUGACCGGUUUGUUCAAGCCACAUCACAGCGACCACUGCGGACUGAACACGGCAGGACACCCAUGCAGUUAUGGAUAAUGGGUCAAGUUCUUGAUCCCAAAAUCAACCUUACAGAUGAGGAAGCAGAAUCCUAUGGGAUUGACUAUGUAACACCUGAUUUAGUCUUCAACAACGAUCAGGAAGGAUUGGUUGUGCCCCCAUUGAUGGAAAUCCCUGCAGAUGCAACCCGAGAGGUUGAAACAAUACUGCAGCAGCCUGUGGACAGUCCAUUUGAAGUCAAAGUCUACAAAGACAUUUGUAACCACUUUUGAAGCCAAUAGUGUAUCAAUUUAACACAUAGACAAUAUACAUAACCUUGCAUUAUAGUUACUUUAAUACACUGAAAAGUCAUGUUGUGUUGGAUGGAAGUUGAGACAUUGUUACAAUUAGGUUGUUCAGAGUGUAGUUUUAUUAAAUCCUCAUAGUUUAUAGCAGUUAAAUAUUUUAUUUGAUGGUGCCCUGUCUGUCGUUCAUGUAUCUUACACUAUUGCUUGUGAAAAUCAAAUUAUGCCUCUGGCGUCAAAACUCCUUAUGCCAUGAGGUUUCCUGUGGACUUGACGAAAAUCUUCUCGUCCGAAACCGCUAGGCCCAGAGCUUUAAUAAUUUGUUACGAGCAUCAUACUUGGUCCUCUACCAAGAUUGUGCAAAUUACGCCCCUUGGGUCAAAUUCCACCCUUUUUGACCUACUGUCUUAUUUUUUAAACUACAGCGAAGAAAUUUUAAACAUUUUCACAAUUCUGUUAACAAAUAACAAUGUUGAGGUUGGAUGACAUUGACUGUGACCUGUUAGCCUACUUUCUUAUUUUUGAAGCUACAGCAAUGAAAUUUGGACCAUGUGUAGAGUUUUAAAAACAAAUAUCAAUAUUAUCCUUGGAUGACCUUGACUGACUUUUUGACCUACUCUUGUUUUUUAAGGUGCAGCAAUAACAUUUUAACCAUGUGUACAGUUUUGAAAACAAAUAUCAAUGCUGUGCUUGGAUUACUUUGAUUGUACCUUUUUGAAGUCUCUGUUAUGAAAUUUCAAGCAUGUGUACAGCUUGAAAACAUAUCUCAAUAUUUACAUUGCCAUGUGACCUUUUGACCUACUUUCAAAUUUUUGAAACUACAGUUUUAAAAUUUGGAUCAUACAUGUCUGUACAGCUUUGAAAACAAAUAUCAAGCUAUAUUGAUUACAAAGGUUAAACACUUUAACUCAUGUGAGGUAUUUAGGGCCAUCAUGGCCCUCUUGUUAAUUUGUUAAUCUCAAAAUGUGAUUCACAAUCUUUAUGAUAUAAUUAUGUAACAUACGGUUUUAAAAUUAUAUACAUUAAUAUUUCAUAAUGAGUUAAGUAUAAUUAUGACCUGUAUUUAAUUACAUUAAUGUUGAAACAUCAGAUGUUGAAAGCUAGUUUUUAAAAACUAGCCUGUUAAAAGCAAACACAGAUCAAAAUGCAAUUUAUCUAAAACAGGUGUUUAAAUUGUAGAGGUUAUAUUUUUGCAUAGUCAUGUCAUUUAAUUUUAACUUUAAAAGUGUUUUAUAAAUGUAAAACACUUAGUCUGAAAUGAAAAAUUGAGAAUAAGCCUGAAUAAACUUUCAGAUUUGAAUUUGGACUGAGAGUUGUUAACUUUUAAAGGAAAUGAUAAUUUGUAUGUGACCUAGACUGUAAUAACCCUUACACAAGGGAAAUUAUAAAUUAUGGUUUGGUUAUCCAAAAAUAGAACCACUUAUUUUAUAAAAUACAAAUACUUUCUUAUGGUGAUGAAUUCAAUCUCAAUGCUAAGUGAUUCCAUGUCAUCAAAAGAUAAUGUUUUUAAAACUUAAAAAAUGAAUGUCAUUAUAAUUAGUAAGUUUAUAAGUUUUGUACUUUCGUAUGGACUCUG